UAACGCGUGUGCCGGCUCGCAGAAAAAAAGGGUAGUUUACUUACAUCUUCGGCAGGCUCCUACCCUCGUGGCUUUACUCAUUCCCGCCAAAAAAGAAACUUGUGGCAAAAUUGUGACAAACGUCGGCCGUGUAAUACCUCCGCUUUUCUUCUUCGCUCACUCUCUCCGUUUCUCGCAUCACUGUGAAAUCCGAACGAGACACUCGGGAAUGAAACGACAGCCGAUUAAUGCCCCGGGAUUUAAGACCAGGUGGAAGAUCAAGGGCUAACACUCGUACAGACAACGUAAUCCUCGAGUUUAACGAGACGUAUAUCGAUGAUCGGGAUACGUGAUAUCCGGCAUAGGGACACAUCCUUAAGAGCGAUAGCGAAUGAAAAAGAUGACGCAUCCCUCGCGCAGAAGGACGACAGAUCGAAGAAGAGCGCUUUGCACGUCAUCGAGUUGCCGUCGGCGGGCCAAUUAGGUGCGAAAGUGCUCGGUUGAGAGUAAAAGCGGGUCCAAAGAAAGGAAGUCACUACCGAGGGUCGAAAGUGUCGGAAAAAUCGUCAGGCAAGAAGAAGACGGAAAAAUCGUGGGAAAUGGCCGCUGGUUCAGCGGUAGCAAUGAUAGGAGCUAAUCUAAGAUUCGGCAUCGGCGCUUCCGGGAAUGUCACGUCCAAUGCCACCAAGGUGUUCCAGUGUCACCCUGGUGGUGUGACCGAAGCCACUGUGAUAUUUAGCCUCGGUGCAUUGGGGAUGGGGGCAAAUAUUAUCCUCAUGACGUUGAUACUGGCGAAGCGACAGUUGCGCAGGUGGUCCCAGGGACUGUUAUUUCACCAAGCCAUGGUAGAUUGUGCGAGAGCCGCUAUACUAUUGCCCUUAGGCUCCAGUAUAUUGAAUUGUCAGCCCGUUAACAAGUGUUCCCUGGUAGAGACCGCCUUUCUGUUGCUAGUGACCGUUUCCACAGUAAAUAUGCUAACGACCGUACUAAAUGACAGCCCGGUAUUCCCAGAGGGCGACGAGGAAGCAGAUCUGACCGCUCCCUUGCUGAUGGAUUCACCCCAAUGCGUACUUUUUGGUACUUUCAUGAUCUGGUUCGCCAGCAUAACUAUCAAUCUGGGACCCACGUUUCUUAGUGGGGCCUUAGCGGCGAACACGGAAAGCAGUCAUAACGCGCCCAGCUGUCCAUUGGUACAUGGACCUUUUCGCCACUACAUACUCAAUGCUCUUUGGAUUGUCAUCAACAUCAUUUGCAUAGCGCUAACGCUCUUUCACUUACGAAAGUUGCACAGAGAUUUAACGAAAGCUAAUGUCGAAGCGGUACGAGUAGCUGGUCUUGUUACAACACUCGUUAAUGUGACAGGAGGACAUCAUGGUGCAACAAAUGCGCUUGCAACUGAAGACGGUGACACAAGGAACGGUACGACAUCAAAAAGAACAGGUGCCAUCGAAGAGCACCGGAAAAUGAGGAAUUACCUCAGGCGAAUAGAAUACGAGGGUGUACAAAGAGUAAAAAUGUUCCUGGUCAUAACAGCAGCAUACGUCUUGUUCUGGGGACCAUUAUUUUUUGUUACCCUGGUGCAUCAUCCUGCCAUAGGAAAUCCUAUUGGUUAUGAGGUGACCCUGCACAUCGCAUAUGUGCACGCCUUCGUAAACCCGGCUCUAUUCCUUCUCCUGCACAGAGGGCUGCGACAAGGGAUGUCGGACGUGUGUUGCGGCUGCUGCGAAAGCAUAGCCCGAUGGAUCCUUGGAUCCACCGCGACUGGUUCGAUGCAGAACGUUCAACUAUCUCUAUAUGAACCGCCGAUGAAUCUCCCCUCGCCGCCGGAUCCACCCAUGGCAGCUUCGGCUGCAUCGUUGAGAUGUAAUCUUACUGACGUGGCUCUCCUACAACCACCUCUGCCACCGACUGCCAAGCACUUACUGAUGGACAACUCCGUGAUAUCACCAGAUCCUUGGAGUUUGAUUUCAAGACCGAAAAGCACUUCUAGCCUGUAUGAAGAGGAACUAUCUAGAAGACCGAGCUUCCUGCUACCACCACCGGCGGAACUGAACGAUCUGCAAAUGAGUGCGACGAGUAGUGAUUCACCCAGCGAAUAAAUGGACCUUAGUCAACAUCGAACCAAAAAAUCAUAACGUUAAUCGAUUACAAUGUAAAAAUAAUUGCAAAAAUGAUGAAAAACA